UGACUGCCCGAAUUGCUUACCUUAGCGACGAGGGCAAAAAGACAGAACUCUCCGUUGCCGAGCAACCAUGCCGGUAGCUACAGGCAAGCAUUGUGCGGCAUCCGCAAGGUCACUGGAGUGGAGCGGGUCCCAGACCACCUACCAGGGCUGCUGCCCGCUACGCCUGACCCACUUUGUGCCUCCGCUGAGCUACUGCUCGUGGCACCAGGUGUAGUUCCGCGGGCCGCGCAGCUCGAUAGCCUCCUAGUGCUUCCCAGCCAAGCCCGCCGACCGGGCGGCGGCCUACCCCCGCCGCAAUGACCUCCACCAUAGCUGAUUCCAGCCCCAGACCCCCCGGCACCUAUACCUUCGCCAGCCGGCCCAGACCCCUGAACUGCCAGCGUCGCCGCUACCGGGACUACUACGGGUCGUCAGAUGAAGAACCCAUUCGUUAUGGAAACAUUAUGUAUGACAGAAGGGUUAUACGAGGCAACACUUAUGCUCUACAUACAUAUCCACCGACUUCUCAACCUGAUCCUGUUGAGCUCCAAAGACAGCAAGAGGCCAAGAGGAAAGCUCUUGCUAGAAAGCGAGCUAGAGAACAUCUUCGACCAAGAAGUCCUGAACCUGUAGAGGGCAGGAAGCAUGCUGAUGUUCAGACAGAGUUAUAUCUAGAAGAGCUUGCUGACCGAAUAAUAGAAGUUGAUAUGGAAUGUCAAACUGAUGCGUUUUUGGAUAGACCACCAUCUCCACUCUUUAUCCCAGCCAAAACUGGCAGAGAUGUAGCCACUCAAAUAUUAGAAGGCGAGCUGUUUGACUUUGACAUUGAAGUCAAACCAAUGUUAGAGGUUUUGGUGGGAAAGACCAUUGAACAGUCUUUGCUGGAAGUGAUGGAGGAAGAAGAAUUGGCUGAACUACAAAUGCAACAACAACAGUUUGAAGAAUUGCGGAAUCUGGAACUUGCAGAAGUACAGAGACUUGAAGAGCAAGAGAGGCGCCACCAGGAGGAGAAGGAACAUCGCAGACAGCAACAACUAGAAGUACUACAUAAACAGAAUGAGACUUCAAAGAAAAUUGCAGCUCGAGCAUAUGCUAAGAUGUACCUGGCUGACCUCCUUCCCUCUGUCUUUAGUAAUCUCAGGGAUAAGGGUUACUUCUAUGAUCCUGUAGAAAGAGAUAUUGAAGUUGGAUUCCUACCAUGGUUGAUGCAUGAAGUAGAUAAGACAAUAGAAUACAACAUGCUGGGGAGAAUAGUACUUGACAUGUUGAUUCGUGAAGUGGUUGAAACUAGGUUGAAUAUGUUUGAACAACUUGGAGCUAAACAGUCAGAGGUUUUACCUGAUGAGAAUGACAAAGAAAGGGAAGAAUCAUUGACAACAGGAGCUGAACAAUUCAUAGAGGGUUCACAACGGAGUUCACAACGGGAUUCACAAUGGGAUUCACAAGGGGGUUCAUUAAGAUAUGAUUCUUUGGAUUCAGCAUUUACCAAUCAAAGGGAAUCCUUUGAGAGAGGUGCAUCUUUUGAUCCAUGAAACCAAGUGACAGCCAAACCAUCAAAUAAUCAGUGUGAAACUCAAAACUUCAGGACUUUGUGAAACAAGGGAAUUGAAAAACAUUUAACAAUCUUCACUUCAACUAAAAUCUUAUAUUUUUAUGCAUGCUUCGUAUUUACCUGUGAGUGUAUGUAUUGCAUUGUGCUCCCAACCCCUAGCAAAAUUUAAACUUGUUGAGGAAAAGGACAGUCUCAUUUUUAUCUUCCUGUCUCCCUAAUACUUACUUAUAGUACCUAGCAUAUAGAGAGUCCUUAAUAAAGAUCUGUUGAAUUAAGUGAGUGGAAUUAUCAACUAGAAAUUUAGUGCUUAUGUGAUGAUUCAAAGCAAUUCCAAUAGAUUGGGAUGAAAAAUGCCCUCCAUAUCCAGAGAGAAA